AUGCCUUCUCACUCUGAUCCUUCCAGUCAACAGGACAGCCACGGUGCCGUGGUACGGAUGCCUGACAGUGCUUCCAGGGCAGAGGAGAAUGAGAAGAAUGGCUCUGCAGCGGCGACCCCAAUCAGUCACCAGCCGAGUGAGCAGGUAGAGUUCAAAGAGGGCGGCUAUGGAUGGGUCGUCGUCGGCUGUGUCUUCCUCAUCAACGCUCAUACCUGGGGCUUGAACUCGUCUUACGCCGUUUUCCUCGCCUACUAUCUCAACUCCGGAGCGUUUCCCGGCGCAAGCCCCAUCUCACUCGCCUUCGUCGGCGGAUUGUCCUUCUCCGUCGCCCUUCUCAUUGCCCCGCUGGUCACCUUUUGCAUCCCUCGCAUCGGCACGCAACCGACUCUCGGCAUCGGCGUCGUGAUCCAAGCGGCCGCUCUCAUUGGUGCAUCAUUCACGACCCAGAUAUGGCACCUGCUGCUCUCUCAAGGUAUUGGCUUCGGCAUCGGCAUGGGCUUCACCUUCAACUCCACCGUCGGCGUCGUACCGCAAUGGUUCGUCAUCCGCCGCUCGUUUGCAAACUCCAUCGCCACCGCCGGCUCCGGCGUGGGAGGUCUCAUCUACUCCCUGGCCACGAACGCCAUGAUCCGCAACAUCGGUCUGCCCUGGGCGUUCCGCAUCCUCGCCAUCUUGUCCUUCGUCGUGAACGGCUCGUGUUGUUUGAUGAUGAAGGACCGAAACAAGGCCCUCGGCAGUGUCCACGUCGCAUUCCACAAAGACAUCUUCAAGAGGGUUGAGUUUUGGUUGUUUGUCGCUUGGGGCUUCUUUGGGCUCUUCGGAUACGUCGUUUCCGUAUUCUCGUUGGCGGACUACGCUCAAACAGUUGGGUUCAGCGCCAGCCAAGGGUCCAUUGUGUCAGCUAUGUUCAAUCUGUCCCAAGGUAUCGGCCGCCCAAUCAUCGGUUUAGUCAGUGAUCGCUUCGGCCGCAUCAACGUAGCUGGGCUAGGCACCAUCAUAGCCGGUCUCGCCACCUUCUUCCUCUGGAUCUUUGCUGCCAAAAAUUUCGCAGGCCUAAUUGUGUUCGCCCUCUUCGGCGCAUUCGCCGGGAUACUCUGGCCGACAGUAGCACCAGUCGGCGCUGAGGUGGUGGGAAUGCAGCUUCUCCCAUCGGCACUGUCUAUUUUCUGGAUCAUCCUCGUGAUCCCAGCAACGUUUGCCGAGCCCAUUGCUCUAACGAUCAAAGGUUCCGGGAUCAGUGCCUAUCUUCCCGUCCAGCUGUUCACGGGAUUCAUGUACGUCGCGGCUUUCAUCUCAAUCUGGUUCCUCCGCGUGUGGAAAAUCCGAGAACUUGAGACCCUGGCACUGUCAGAAGAGCAGCAAGACGACGCUCUGCGCAAUAACGAUGCUGUCUCGCUGACGACAUCGCGGCGUACUGGGCCAAAACCUGGUAUACUAAGGUCUUUGAUCAAGGGCGUUUUGACUGUCCAGCGAGUCUAG